AUGUGCCGCUACUACGCCCACACCUACGCCUGCGGCCACACGCUGACCGUCUUCGCCGCCUACUGCGCGCCCGCGGCCCUGAUCCAGCGCGCCUGCGGCGGCGGCGAGAUCUGGCAGAGCGUCCGCAUGGACCACCCGUGCGCGAGCUGCCCUGCCGCUGGGGCCGACACGAGCUCCUCGGCGGGUUCGAGCGGCGGGAUGGCGGGGAAGGGGAGGGCGAAGGGCAGGAAGGUUGGGGGGAGGCGUUAG